AUGUCUUUGCCGCAGAGGCCAGGCAAGCCCUCACCUCGACGCGAAGAAGCCCGCGCAUUUCGUGAACCCUCCCGCCGCCGUCGACGCGAUAUAGACUCGGGCACUUACAGCGACGACCCCACUUCUCCUUCCCACCGACACCGUCGCCGACACUCCAGCCACAGAAGAGGAAUGGAUACCGACGAAGAGCGCAUGGACCGGGGCGGCGAUGUAAGACGCAAAAAGAGCAUGGUCAAGCCAGAGCGCAGACGAAAUGACCCAGAACAACCCAAUUAUCACUACCGACAGCGAUCGAACCAUAUGCCCACUUAUCCCUCUUCAACCGGAAACGAUCCGCUCUUGGACAACAAGGAUGGCGAGGCCGAGACGAACAGCUCGCGCAGCAUGGAUAUGAAGAAGGAUGGUUUAUAUGGUGCGCGGGGUAAUAUCAACAAACCCAUGGAACGGGUUCCUAGCAGACAUCGCUCGAAGAAGAAGAAGAGAGGUUCGCGGAGGUCGUCGAAGGGAGCUUCAGAUGAACAUAGACGUCAAAAGGCUAUCGAGCAGACUGGUCCGCCCGAGUUGUGGCCCACAUAUUGUGCAGUGCUCACAUUCUUCAUUCCGGACUUUGUGCUGAAAUGUUUCGGCAUGCCAGAGAAGGAGCAGCGCAGUGCCUGGCGAGAGAAGAUCGGUCUUAUCAGCAUUAUUCUGAUGAUCGGUGCCUUUGUUGGUUUCUUGACUUUCGGUUUCACGGCUACCGUGUGUGGCUCACCCCCGGUUCGGUUGAAGGCCAACGAAGUUGGCUCCAACUAUAUGAUCUUCCAUGGAAGGGCAUAUGACUUGAGCGGUUCCAAACAUAUCGCUGUUGCUGGUAUCCCCGAUGGUUCGAAUGUUAUCUAUGACCUGCCGCACAAGUAUGGCGGACAGGAUGGCAGCUUCUUCUUCCAGCAAGUCAAUGGUGCGUGCAAGGGACUGAUUAAGGCUACGCCUGAUAGCGAUAUUCCAACAAACUCAAAAGGAGAGCUCGGAUGGUACUUCCCCUGUGCGCCCUUCAACCAGGAUGGUUCGUCGUCGCCGAAUUUGACCGUUGAUCAUUACACUGGCUGGGCUUGCCAUACCAGCAAGCGAGCUCGUGAGCCUUUCUACACGCUUAACAGCGACGGGGAUGUAUACUACACAUGGGAGGAUACAAAGAACAAGAGUCGGAAUCUGGCGAUCUAUUCGGGAACCGUGCUCGACCUCGACCUUCUGGGUUGGUUCGACCGUAGUCAGGUGUCGUACCCCAAACAAUUCGACCAGCUGCGCAAGAAUCCUGAUGUCCGCGGUGUCGAUCUUACCUAUUACCUGCAAUCCGGGGAGGAAAAGAAGAUUGGCAAGUGCUUGGCCCAGAUUAUCAAGGUUGGAAGCAUCGACACCGACACUGUGGGCUGUAUUGCAUCGCAAGUCGUACUCUACGUGUCCCUCAUCUUCAUUCUCGCGAUUGUUGGUGUCAAAUUCGGAUUCGCCGUGUUCUUCCAGUGGUUCUUGGCACCCAGGUUUGCCGCGCAGACCACGAGUAUGUCCUCCAAUCCCAAGACUCGCAAUCAACAGAUUGAAGACUGGUCCAACGACAUCUAUCGCCCUGCACCACGAAUCGCCGACCCCAUCAUUCCCGAACGUCCCAGCAAACGCGCCAGUUUCCUCCCGACCACUUCCCGUUUCUCGAGUCCUUACAACAUGAGCAGCAGCACUGGUAGCAAAAAGCCGAUGUAUGUCACGAUGGCUAGCCAAAACUCGACCACUCAUCUCAUGCCCAGCUCCAAUCCCGCCACUAUGUACAAGUCAAGCCACAACGGUAGUGGUGGUACUCUGAGCGCUGACAACUCUCGGCACAAUCCUACUGCCAGUCGGACCAGCUUGGUUCCUCCUGCCCACGGAGAACCCGGUUACUCUACACUAUCGACGGAUCACGAUAGUGCGGGUCCUGCUGGUUUCAUUCACGAAGCUGUCGUUCCUCAACCUCCUCCUGACUGGCAACCGUUCGGUUACCCUCUUGCUCACAGUCUUUGUCUGGUCACUUGCUACUCCGAAGGUGAAGAGGGUAUUAGGUCAACUUUGGAUUCUGUUGCCUUGACCGACUACCCGAACAGCCACAAAACGAUCCUGGUCAUUUGCGAUGGUAUUAUCAAGGGUAAGGGAGAGGAAUUCUCUACGCCAGAUAUUGUAUUGGGCAUGCUCAAGGACCCUGUUGUUCCCAAGGAUGAGGUCCAGCCGUACUCCUACGUGGCUGUGGCCACUGGCUCUAAGCGACACAACAUGGCCAAGGUUUACACUGGAUUCUACGACUACGGCCACGCUUCGCUCAUCCCGGCGGAGAAGCAGCAACGCGUUCCCAUGAUGGUGAUUGUCAAGUGUGGAACUUCGGAGGAGGCGACCCAGUCAAAGCCUGGUAACCGCGGAAAGCGAGACAGUCAGAUCGUUCUUAUGUCUUUCCUCCAGAAGGUUAUGUUUGACGAGCGCAUGACGGAACUCGAGUUCGAGAUGUUUAAUGGUCUAUGGAAUGUCACAGGCAUCCCACCGGACUUCUACGAGAUUGUUCUCAUGGUCGACGCCGAUACAAAGGUGUUCCCAGACAGCUUGACACACAUGGUCUCGGCCAUGGUGAAGGACCCAGAAAUCAUGGGUCUCUGCGGAGAAACGAAGAUCGCCAACAAGACCGACAGCUGGGUAACCAUGAUCCAGGUCUUCGAGUACUUCGUCUCUCACCAUCUAGCCAAAUCAUUCGAAUCCAUCUUCGGUGGUGUAACCUGUCUCCCUGGAUGUUUCACCAUGUACCGAAUUAAAGCGCCCAAGGGUGGCCAGAACUACUGGGUACCAAUUCUCGCAAACCCAGAUAUCGUUGAACACUACUCCGAAAACGUCGUCGACACCCUGCACAAGAAGAACCUGCUCCUCCUCGGUGAAGAUCGAUACCUAACCACCCUGAUGCUCAAGACCUUCCCGAAACGCAAGCAGAUCUUUGUUCCCCAAGCCGUGUGCAAAACAGUCGUCCCCGACGCAUUCCUUGUCCUGCUCUCCCAGCGCCGUCGCUGGAUCAACAGUACCGUCCACAAUCUAUUCGAACUCGUUCUUGUCCGCGAUCUAUGUGGAACUUUCUGCUUCAGCAUGCAGUUCGUCAUCUUCAUCGAACUUAUCGGAACCCUCGUUCUUCCCGCCGCCAUCUCCUUCACCAUCUACGUCGUUGUCGUCUCCAUCGUCAGGAAACCCGUCCAAGUUAUCCCGCUGGUUCUGCUCGCCUUGGUCUUGGGUCUACCUGGUGUCUUGAUCGUCGUCACCGCACACAAACUCAUCUACGUCCUCUGGAUGCUGAUUUACCUUAUCUCACUUCCGAUCUGGAAUUUUGUUCUACCAAUGUACGCAUUCUGGAAGUUCGACGACUUCAGUUGGGGUGAUACCCGUAAAACUGCAGGCGAAAAGGAUAAGGGACACGGUGAUGCCGAGGGCGAAUUUGAUAGUACAAAGAUCACGAUGAAGAGAUGGCGUGAUUUCGAAAAAGAGCGCCGUCUGCGCAAUGCCUGGGCACAGUCACAGUCUCAACCCCAUGCUUCGACGGAUCCUUACCCAUCGCAGUAUGACACAUAUUCUCAUUAUUAA